UCGUUUCAGUGCAAGCUUAGUGCUUACCAUGGAGUUUUCGAUUAGUAGGCAAGCUCUGCAGCUCAUUUGAUUCUGUUCAUCGCAGUUAACCUAGAUCGCCUUAAAAAUAAUAACAGCGCAUUGUCAACCUGAAGAGUCUGUGUGUGCGGGACGUGGAAACUGUUCCUGGCGGAGACCGCGAGCAUGUACCUCGCCGUCGCCCUCUUCCUGGUGCUGCUGGCCGUAGCCACGACCUGGAGGAGACCCAAGGACUUCCCGCCAGGUCCGGCGAGCCUGCCGCUGGUGGGGUCGUUCUUCUCGGUGCCGCUGAGGAGCAUCCACGUGGCCAUGGAGAGCCUGCGGCGGCGGCACGGGCCCGUGGUGGGCGUGAUGUUCGGCCCGCGGCCCGUGGUGCUGGUGGCGGGCGCCGCCGCCGUCAGGGAGGUGCUGCGGCGCGACGAGUUCCAGGCGCGGCCCGAGCUCUUCUUCUUCAAGGCGCGCGGCUUCGGCAAGCGGCUGGGUGUGGUCUUCAGCGAUGGAGACCUGUGGAUGGAGCAGCGCCGCUUUGCGUUGCGACACCUGCGCGAUUUCGGUUUCGGGAAGACGAGCAUGGACGCGAUCAUGCACGAAGAAGUGAUGGAGCUGUUCAAGGAACUCAGGAAGAACAGCUGUUUUCAGGUGUCGGGUGUUUUCAACAAGUGCAUGGUGAACGUUCUGUGGACUGUCAUGGCUGGACGUCGCUUCUCGUACCAAGACGAGAAGUUCUUGGAGAUACUGCGCUUUGUGUACAAGUCGUUCCGUGCGAACAUACCUGGCGGGCUCUUGGUCAACGUGAUGCCAUUUCUCAGGUUCAUCAUCCCCAAGUUCUCGGGCUAUGAGGAGAGCAUGGAGUACGUAACAGGACUUCAGAACAUUUUAAGGGACACAAUAAAGGAACACAGAGAAACAUUUGACGGACAAGAGCCAAGGGAUUUCAUCGACGUUUACUUGCAAGAAAUAGAGAAGCAGAAACAUUCUGCUGACACAACAUUCACAGACGAAUCCCUGAUCGUGCUGUGCAUCGACCUCUUCAUCGCCGGCUCGGACACCGUCAGCAACUCCCUCGAGUUCUGCCUGAUGUACAUGGUGCUGUACCCGGAGGUCCAGAGAGCCGUGCAAGAGGAGCUGGACGCUGUCAUCGGGAGGAAUCACAAACCGUCCAUAGCCGACAUGUCGAGGCUGCCGUACUUCGAGGCGGUGAUCGCCGAGGUGUCCCGCAUCAAUGUGGUGGUCCCUGUACCUCCACCUCACCGCUGCACCCGGCAGGCCACCAUCAACGGAUACGUCAUCCCGCAGGACACCACCAUGUUCAUCAACCUGUGGGCGGUGAUGCACGACGAGGAGCACUGGGGGGACCCGGGCCGGUUCCGGCCGGAGCGGUUCCUGGACGCGGAGGGCCGCUUCGCGCGCGACCCCUGGCUCAGCGUGUUCGGGCUGGGCAAGCGCGCCUGCCUGGGCGAGUCGCUGGCGCGCGCCUCGCUGUGCGUGUUCUUCGCCAGCCUGCUGCAGGGGUUCUCGCUGCGGCUGCCCGAGGGGGACCCCCCGCCCAGCACCAGGUCGCGGCCGGGGCUCACGGCCACGCCGCAGCCCUUCCGCGUCGAGCUGACCCCGCGGUGAGCGCGGGCACUCGCCGUUUCAGCGGCCCAACUUCAACAACAAAAAUACACCCUUGUAAACAUUGCAUACUUUUCACAAAUUUAACUAGCAAGAUUGAAUUUUAUAACAUUAUUGUACAGUUUAGAUAAGGAAAACAAAAUAAAAUUAAAAAAAAAAAAAUACUGAAAAUUAUUAUGUUUGAAGACAAUGGUGGUGGCUACCGUGCGGUAUGUUUUAAAAUUCCUUCAGAAAAAGUGUAUUUGAUUUUGUUCAACUAUGUAAAAUCAAUAAAAUUCUGAUUCUUUUAAAAAUAAAUCAAACCUAAAAUUUUCCCAUUUUUAUAUUCCAUUUUAUUUUCUUUACCCAUGCUUUACAAAUACGCUAAAAAUUCAACUUUGCCAGCUAAUCAUGCAAAAGUGUAUGUGAUGUAGGUAUAUAAAUUCUUUCAUUUUGUGAAAGUUCAGCCACUCAAAAAGUCGGCAAGUUUAAGAGUGUGGAACGUAAAUAUAAAAUAAUAACAUGGAACGGGACAUACACCCUUAAAUUUACGAAGGACGCUGCUAACAAAAUAUCAGUUACUUCGAACAUGCGUCCACAAGAAUAAUCAAAACAUUUGACAGCUGACAAAGAUGAUUGUGAAAACACACUUAUUUCAUCCGCAAAUAUGUUUACCCUAUUCAUACCAAAAUAUAGAACUCGGAAGUAUAAAAGUGAAGACACAGUUAUAUGAAAUCACGAAGAACUCUUAGUUAAUUUAAGGUGGAUUCUGUGCCAUUGCACAAUUUGGUAAUGUGCAUACUUACUUUGUCCAUCUAUUUUAUAGUUAUGGUUUUUACUUUAUUUUGUAUAGCAAACUGGGAGCCAUAAUUUUCUUUAUUAUUCUUGAAUUUGUAAAUUAUUUUGUAACCAACAUUUUUGUGUGUUAAAAUUCCUUUAUUAGUUUUACAACAAAAUGGUUUUACUUUUGUCCAUAAUUUUUAAUUGGGAAACUGCACCAUAGUGUAACUCUUUUUGUUUUACAUGUGCAGUAUUUCAUGUCUAAAUUCUAUGGUCUUCUUCAGUUACACAAAAUAAUAUUUUUUUUUUUUUUAAGCAUGUCUGCCAUAAUGUAACUGUUCUAAGCUCCGGCCGUUUCUUAAUCUGUUGACAUCAAUGUCUUAAUUUCUUCUCCAUACACCGCAAGUGGUGAGUAAAUUUGCAUAUUCCUUCGAGAAUAUGUGGAAAUUAUAUUUCGUUCAGUUAUCUUAUUUUGUCAUAUAUUUAUGUACAGUGUGUGUGCGGAAGACGUGGGUGGCCAUGGGCAAGAUUACUUCGUGACACAUAACUUCUUCGUCACCUGAGUCAGGGUGCUCCUCAGUGCCUGCUGCAGCUCGUCUAAUCAGGAAAGAUAGUCUUCUUUGUUACUUUCUGCAUGCAGAAGAGCAACCAUGAGCCACCACAUACCUAAAGAGAAAAUUUAACCUAGGAUUUUCGGCAUUGUUUUGGAUUUUUUUUUUUUGGACUCAGCCUAUGCUAUACAUAAACUACCAUCAAAAUCAAUGUGUUUAAGUUAAGUAUCUAAAGGGGCUCCUUACCUUAACAUUUAUUUUUACUGUUAGUAUGACCAUACUCACCAUUUGAUGUUAACCUUGUUAUUGUUGUUAUUUAAAUUAAACCAAAAUAAAAAAAAGGAAAAUAUAAGGAACAGAUAAACAAUAUCGUUGUUUUUAUUUAACUAAAACCACUGACUAUAUUAAUUUUAUGACCAAUUAAUAUCUAACUAUUUUAUCCACCAUGUUUAUCCUGUGUAAUAUGGCCUCCCGAGUCAGCUCAAGGUUCUCAUAAUUUUACUACACGCCUAAUGGGGCACCAUUGAGUCCGUUCCCCAUGCUUUCACUGUUGACUUCUGUGCCUCCCUGGUGUUUUGGCCAGGUAGAAGGAACAGAGGGCGGCAGAAUUCUUCGUUGAAAAGUCCGUAAAUUUACUGCAAUUUAUAACCGUGCGCAGUCUACCCUUCGUUUACAAAUACCACGAACGACUGCACUUUUGUACUGCACCUCUGUUAACGAGACUUCAAGCAGUUGCCAAGUGUAAAUGUGAAUAAAAGUGAAUUGACGAGCCCUUUAAAGCUGCUGUCAUCCUGGUUCUCGUGUUCGAGACCGGCCGUGUAUCCCAGCGGGAAAUUGGGUCUUAUUGAAAUUACGUUCCGGGAGGGCGCCAGGUUAGCUCAGCGGCUAACCAAUGUGGGUCGUGUGGGUGCGUUGCCCCUGCGUGUAGGGUUACCAGACACUGAUAACAAAAAAGGAGGACAUUCAUCUCGCAAAAGGAGGACAUUUCACUAAAAAGGAGGACAAUAUAUAUUUUUUAAAAGCCAUGAAUUAAUUACAAUGGAGUACGAUAUUUUACAAUGUUUUGGCAUUUAAUACAGUUUCAGUAUAAAGAAUCAAACAAACUACGCAUAUACAGCAUAUUAAAAACACGUGCUUCUGCAUGUGCUGCUACCUGUCAAGCUGUUAUAUAACUACUUACUAGUGGGGUGACUCUGCGGACAGUGCAUUAGCGCGCACCGCGAGCUUUACUCAGAGUAUAACUGCAGGAAUUAUCUCACUUCAUAAAAAAGCCGGACAUUUUGGAGAAUUAAGGUAAAUCCGGCCGGACGCAAAAAAAUACAUAAAAAGGAGGACAUGUCCUCCUUUUGCCGGACGUCUGGUAACCCUACCUGCGUGGCCCACUAGGAUCGUCGGCGGAGUUCGUGGAUGGAGGGGGCCCUAGCUAGUGUAGGGAUGCUGAAUUCAGGGUGGCCACGAAAACGGGAAAAACCGGGAAUAUGUCGGGAAUUUGAAAGGGCCCGGGUAAAACUGGGAAACUGUCUGGAAUUUUAUUUCUUUCCUGGGCAAAUGCUGCGGUGUAAAUGCGCACAACUUAUAUAAGACGUACAUCGCGGUGUCUGAUAAUCACGCGGCAAAUCUGUACAGUGUCAUGUUGGCAGCGACUGUAGUGUUCCCAGGCGUGUCAUGUUUCUUCUUUCCUCAUAGACGCAAUACGUCACUAAGCGGCGGAGGGGGAGGGGGAAAAUGAACCGCACUACGGCGUGCAACACGGGGUGUUGUUCUAAUUUGUUCUGUUCAGUACAAGUCUUCGAGCGGUUUUAGGCCCGUUCCACAAUGACACGGAAACAGAGACGGAACACGGAAACGGAGACGGAUUUCACGGAACAGAGCUUCUACAAUAGCACGCAAACGGAGACGGACCCGUACGGACCUUCUCAGCAGUGCUGAAGUCUUCCGUUCGUUACUCCGUUAGACCAAUAGGAGCACGUUAUUUAUUCACUGCAGUUGUCAAGCUACAGUUGCGCGUUCAUGUUAAUUAAGAUAUAAGUUUUGACUAAUGUUGGUUUCCGUAUUUCUCGACUACCUUUUUUUAUGCGUGAACAACAAAACAAGAUUUCUUUGAAAUUUGAAUUGUGCACGUGGGUUUCAUCAUGACGAAUUUUGAUUAACUUUUCAUUUUCAUAGUUAAAGAUAUACCUUCUAUAUAUGACAAGAUGGUGAAGGACUACUUUACCACCGCCACAACGCAAAAAAAAAAAUAACAAA